UUGGAAUAACAACAAUCGUUCGACUCGAACCACAAACAUCUUCGACAACCCUAAUUCCUGUGGCUGUUCAUCAGAUUCUCUAGGGUUUUAAUUUGGUGUUUCCGCGAUGGAUUUGACGCAACCACAGUCGAAUCUCUCUCUAGGGUUUUCAUCACAUGCAUCGCCACCCCACCGUACCCAAAUCUCCGACGACUCCAUCACCCUCCAGCUCGACUCCAGCCUCCGCGACGCCACGCCCACCCACCAACCGCUCCCACCCUUUCCCCUCCAGUUGCUCGAACCCCAAACGCCCACCGAGAAGCCCGCUGAAAACGGCUCCUUUUUAGACGCAGAAUCGGCCGACGACGAUGGCGUCGAGGAAAUCCGCCUUCUCGGUCACUCCAUGUGCCUCAAGCGCCGCCGAGACAGGGAAUCGUCGUCCUCGUCGAUUUCGGCGCCGAGUUCGUAUUCAAAGAGGGCGGUCUCUGUCGAACCCGACCUUGAGGCGCGGCGGAGUGCGGUGCGGUCGUGGGGCGACGCGGCUCUGCGCGUGGCGGACCCCGAUGUGUUCGAGAUAAUGGAGAAGGAGAAAGAGAGGCAAUUCAAAGGGAUCGAAUUGAUUGCUUCCGAGAAUUUCGUUUGCCGGGCCGUAAUGGAAGCGCUCGGAAGCCACUUGACCAACAAAUACUCGGAAGGAAUGCCCGGCGCGCGAUACUACGGCGGGAACCAAUACAUCGACGAGAUAGAAACGCUGUGUUGCGAGCGCGCAUUGGAGGCGUUCGGGCUUGAUUCGGAUAAUUGGGGCGUGAAUGUGCAGCCUUAUUCGUGCACGUCUGCGAAUUUCGCUGUAUACACGGGGUUGUUGCUUCCUGGGGAUCGGAUAAUGGGGUUGGAUACGCCGUCCGGAGGGAAUACGAGUCAUGGGUACUACACGCCCAAUGGGAGGAAGGUUUCUGGGGCGUCGAUUUUCUUUGAGAGUCUGCCGUAUAAGGUAAACCCGCAAACGGGGUAUAUCGAUUUCGAUAAGCUUGAGGAGAGGGCGCUGGAUUUUCGUCCCAAGAUAUUGAUUUGUGGGGGGAGCUCGUAUCCUCGGGAAUGGGAUUAUGCGAGGUUUAGGCAGAUUGCGGAUAAGUGUGGCGCAGUACUCCUGUGUGAUAUGGCUCAAAUAAGCGGCAUUGUUGCGGCUAAGGUUGUGUGAAUUUCACUGUCCGUGGUUAUGUUAUUGCCUAGAUGCUUGCUUGCUUGCUUUGUGUGUGUGCGCGUGUAAUUAUGUCUUGUUGACUUUGUGCCUGUGCAUUUGUUGAGU